UUCCUGUCUGUACGUCUAAGGAGCGUCCUCGUGCAGGGCAAGAGCUGUGGAAACAGAGGGAACCAACUUAGAGAUUCAAAAUAAGAAAGGCGGGUGGUUGUUGUUUUGGUUGGUGCUGUACUUUGGAACAUUCAUGACCUGUUCCGCCAAACUGCAAAACAAGUUAGGGAAUAAUUAUCUUUUUUAUUUCUGACUGCGCUCAUGUGGUUUUUACACAAACAAUGAGCUUCCAUUUUAAAAAGAAGCAGCAGCUUAUGCAAGCAAACAGCAAAGACAAGCAGCUACAAAAUCCCACUUUCUGAAACUUCGAAAUCAACACGAAACCGGCUAUUUAAUGCCCCUCAUUUGGAAGACGUUAAACGCAAAGCGGAAGUGAGGGUUGAGGGGCAAGGUUUGUUUUGGUAUACCUCUUUAAACCAGAGGGUACUGGCGUUCCUGAUUGGUUCGGGGCAGAGCCAAUCGGGGCGCUCCGGAGGAGCUAAUACGCACCGGCGAGAGGCGGAGGCAGCCAGUUGGGGCGCGUGAUGGGGCUGCUGAGCAUCCUGAAGAAGAUGCGGCAGAAGGAGCGGGAGCUGCGGCUGCUGAUGUUGGGCCUGGACAAUGCUGGCAAGACUACAAUCCUGAAGAAAUUCAAUGGGGAUGAGAUCGACACCAUCUCGCCCACACUGGGCUUCAACAUCAAGACGCUGGAGCAUCGUGGGUUCAAGCUGAACAUCUGGGAUGUAGGGGGGCAGAAGUCCUUGCGCUCUUACUGGCGGAACUACUUUGAGAGCACAGACGGCCUGAUCUGGGUGGUGGACAGUGCUGACCGCCAGCGCCUGGAUGACUGUCGACGGGAACUGCAGAGUCUUCUGGUGGAGGAGCGCUUGGCUGGAGCUACUCUGCUAAUCUUCGCCAACAAGCAGGACCUGCCUGGAGCCUUGAGCUCCAGUGCCAUCCAGGAGGCUUUAGACCUCGAAAGUAUUCACAGCCACCAUUGGUGCAUCCAAAGCUGCAGCGCUUUCACAGGAGAGAACCUCUUAGCUGGCAUCGACUGGCUGUUGGAUGACAUCUCCAGCCGGAUAUUCACAGCGGACUGAGUGGGGGAAGUGACGCGGGCAUCUCCCCCCCACCCCAAUGCUCUGUGUGGAAGUGGUGCCUUUGGGUGGGCCUCUUCACCAUCCUGGGCUGGGGCUUGGCCUCCUGUGAUAAACUGCUUCCAUGUGUGUAAUGUGCAGGGAGUGCCUCCCCUUUCUACAGAAUGUGGCCCUCAAGCAGGAGCCCCUGUCUGUAGGAUGGGGUGGGGCUGAAGGGAACUGCCCCCCCUUCUCUGCAGUUGUAUUAAGAGUGUUUCAAUAAAGCUGUGUUGUGAUCCUAACAGAUGCUCGAUGGAUGGUCUUCUAGCUGCUGGUGCCCCAUGUCCAUAUUUCCUGAUUGGAGCUUCCAAAGGGCAGAAGAAAAGAGAGGAUUGGUGGCGUAACCGAAAAAGAGCCCUUCUGGAUGAGAGCAAAGGCCCAUCAGCUUCACCACCCACUUUCUACAAAGCCUGCAGAUCAUGUCAUCCAUCUUAUUUAAAAGAUAAUUUACCUUUAUGGGCAGUUCCUCAGAUUAAAAAGAAGCAACACCCUGGACUCUGAUGAUAAGAAAUCUGCCAGGAGGCUUGAGGUUGUGAGGAACCACUGCUGAUUGGCUUCAGGAAAAAUACAAGUUUCUGGGAUACACUCGGAGAUGCCACAGGAGAGAAGGCCUCUGUCUAACUCCCUUGGAGAAAUCUAAGAAUGUUUGGAUACAAUCUACACUCCCUUUGAAGGAAUUGAAGAAACCUUUUUGGAGGCUAUUUUGAAGAACUCUAUACACCAGGGAGGAUGUAAAGUCUAUCACGUUUGGGACAUAACAAUUGUUCUUUCACUUCUGAGGAAGCUCAUUGGGAAACAAGGACUUAUCGUGAAACCUUGUCAAGUGAUUCAUGUAUAUUCAGUGUUUUAUUAUAAUAAAUGACUUAUAUUAA